ACACCUUAAAAGGACCAAACCUCUCUAUAGCAAUCCUACCACAACAAAGGAAGCCAUGGCUGACAAGAUCCUUGCAACCUAUUGCAUUCUCUCUCUCCUCUCAUUUAUAGCACUUGCACAUGGCUGCAACACAUGUGGUACGCCCCCAGCAAUAUACCCACCGCCCCCAGCAAUAUUAUACCCACCGCCCUCAGCAAUAUGCCCACCGGCCCCAGCACCGUACCCAGCCUCUUGUCCCAUAGAUACACUCAAGCUGGGUGUAUGCGCCGAUCUGCUGGGCGGGCUAGUGGGUGUAGUGGUCGGGACGCCACCUUAUAGCAAGUGUUGCACAUUGCUUGAGGGUAUCGCUGAUCUGGAAGCUGCUGUCUGUCUCUGCACCGUCAUUAAGGUCGAUGUGCUUGGUAUUAUCAACUUGGACGUGCCUGUCGCUCUCAGCUUGCUGGUUAGCGCGUGUGGGAGGAAGGUACCUGAUGGCUUUAAGUGUGCUUAGGAGGUCUCAUUUCGACCGUCCAUUCUCUGUUUUCUUAUAUGUCCAUUUUCAGCUCUUACAGUGCCUAGAGCUGAUUCAAAUGGUGUUGUUGUUGUUGUUGUAACUUGAUUCUUCACUCUCUUUCUUCUUUUGUUUCUAUUUUCGGCUUUUGUAGUGUCUAUAGUUGAUUGUUGUGGUCAUGGUUGUAGUUGUUCUUUGUCCAAGGAAUGCAUGCAUGCAUGCAUUUUUAUUUGGGUUGUUCUAAUGUAGUGGAAUACACGUACGUACGCUCUUGCUUUGUUUUCUUUCGGCUCUUGUAGUGUCUAUAGUUGAUUGUUGUGGUCAUGGUUGUAGUUGUUCUUUGUACAAGGAAUGCAUGCAUUUUUAUUUGGGUUGUUCUAAUGUAGUGGAAUAUGCUCUUGCUUGUUUU